UCAACUUGUACAUGCGAGAAGUGACAGCAGCAACGAUCAGUCGGCAAUACGGCUUAUAUUCUGUUUAUUUUCGUCCAUAACCAGAUGUGCUAGCCCUCAGACUAUAUACACCAAACAUUUACAUUUUAGUGGCGUGAUCUAAUUCGUGUAAAAUGGUGUUUUACUUCACAAGUGCCGUGGUGAACCCUCACUACACAAUCUACAUGGGAAAAGACAAAUAUGAAAAUGAGGAUCUAAUAAAAUACGGAUGGCCUGAGGACAUUUGGUUUCAUGUGGACAAACUGUCAUCGGCUCAUGUGUAUCUGAGAUUGCCAAAAGGUCAGACAAUAGACGAUAUUCCCCCUGAGGUGCUGAUAGACUGCGCACAGCUGGUGAAAAACAACAGCAUCCAAGGCUGUAAGAUGAACAACAUCAAUGUGGUUUACACACCAUGGGCCAACCUGAAGAAAACCGGAGACAUGGACGUAGGACAGAUCGGCUUCUUUCGACAGAAAGAGGUAAAGAUCGUGGCAGUGGAGAGGAAGGUCAAUGAGAUCGUAAACCGUCUGGAGAAAACAAAAGAAGAACGCUUCCCUGACCUGGCGGCAGAGAAAGAGUCGAGAGACAGAGAGGAGAGGAACGAGAAGAAAGCUCAGCUCCAAGAGCAGAAGAGGAAAGAGAAGGAGGAGCAGAAGAGGAAAAAAGAGCUGGAGGACCUCAAGAACUACACUUCACUAAUGAAGACAGAAAAUAUGACGACUAAUGAGGAUGGUAACGAUUCAGACGACUUCAUGUGAGAAGCGAACACCAGGCAGCGAGCAGACAGAAUCCUCCUCCGCCGCUCAGACCUGCUGUCAGGACGCUCCCCUGCUGCUUUUGCUUGCUCUAACUCUGCACUGACAAUGAAAACACAAAAUAAAGACAAAUGGAUACCUUUUUUGCUUUCGGAAACUUGGAGCAGAAAGCGAGCCGAUCAGAGACAGCGCCGGGGAUUUAUUCCAUAGGCUGAUUGGUUCAGGCACUGCUUCCAAAACCGAGCUGGCUGGCCUCUUCAUCAAAGGGACGACGCUGCAGAGAAAAUAAAGGACAACAUGAAUGCUGAGGAUUUGUGGGGAAACACUCAAAUAGCAGAACUGUGUUUUGGCUGAUAUUAAUACAAUAAGUGCUCGGGUGCCUGCAGACCUGCAGGCUGCAAAACCAUCUGCUCACUUUCUUUUACGUGUUCGUUUGUCUGUAUGUCCGAUUUAAAUCAAUACAAUCUUAUGUAUUAAACUCACAGUUAUAGUUAUUCUUUGACAAGCCCGUAUAUUCUCUUGCAAAGCACCAUAAACCAGCCACUAUCAUCCAACUCCAGAACAACUGAAGUCCUAAAGAUUUUCCUUUUUUUAUCUUGGCUGCAGCUCUACAGUUGUGCACAAGAUUAAUUUUUUACACUUUUCCUAAAAUUCUAGCUGAUGUGCUUAUUGUUUCCAACUAACUGUCAAAACAAUCUGACUAAGUUUACAAUGAUAAAAACAGCAAAGCAGAAAAUCUACACAUUUAAAAAGAAAUCUAUUUAACAAUUAAAUAAAUGAUCAAAAUGGCAAAACAUAUCAUUUUCAACACUCCGUAAUAGUCACAGCAGAGUGUAAAAGUACUCUGUUUACCUUUGAAGCUGUCAUUUUUACCAGCUUUUAAACACAUCUAUCACAGUUGAUUGAAAGUUAAUUUAAAAGCAAGUAAGUGGACCUUAAGUAAAGUUGUUUUAGGGGGGAUUUUCUCUUUUUUCUUCUUCUUUUUUUUAAUAUAAGGCUCGUACUUUUACACUUUUUGCACCACCAGUUCAUGAGAUGUGCAACAGCUGCAUCAGUUAAGACCUGCAGACGUGUGUGUGCUGAUUAUUGUGUGCUGUCCACAGCAGGUGGAGUCAAACUGCAAUUUUGACACUAAUUUUCCCACCACACAGCAGAUACAUUUUUAAUUAAUAAAACUCUGAAGAUUUAAAAUAUAAAUGUUUAAACCCAAAAAGUAGUUUUUAGAAGAAAAAAAUAACUUUGUUUUCCUGCAGUUUUAAAAUGACAGCAGCUAUUUUUUUUCUCACCUGUAGGUGGCAACAUCAACACAUCUACACCAGUGGAGACAAUCUGCAGGUCCAUAACGCUGUGAAUGACUUUUCUUUAAAGUGGCACAGACGUGUGUUUGACAAAUGACUGAGCGGCUCUCCCUGUGGAGGAUCUGCUGUCUGAUAAAUGUGGAGAAAAUCUGCUUUGUGAGGUUGUUAGAGAGUUAAAAGAUAGUUUUAUGUGGUGCGAUGCAUGUAAAAAAAAAAAAAAAAAGAAAAAUUAAAAAAACAAGGGAUAAAACGUUAAGUUGUUUCACCUGAUGUCCACUAACUAAGUUUUAAAGUGAGUUUCUGUAAUUUUGUUCAUUUACUUCAGUUGCCAAGAUGUGAUGUUUCAAGAAGAUUUUCUGUAACAAUAAAUCAGAAAGCCUGAGAAGGGUAACAGCUAAAGUAAUAAAUACUAUACUGUAUCAGUAAAUGUAGGUGUUUAUGUAUUUUUUUAAGGAUCUGAUUAUGAGCUGCUCUGAGGGGAAAAACUGAUAUUGUAAUGUCUUGACAUUUCGGGGGUAAAUGUUUGUCUCGAACAUCUGGAUUGUAGCUUUGUGAGUAUGACUAUGUGUACUGUCAUUUGGAAUAAAAACAACACUUUCUGCUUUAUUUUCUUUAUACCUAAAA